GAUAUCAAAGGCUUUCCACACUCUGCACAUUUUGUUUAUACAUAAAUACUUUGACGGUGCGGCAGCUAAUUAAGUAGUAGCCUGUGCUGCAAAAUGGUGAAGAUCACAUUCUACGAGGAAAAUCAUUUCCAGGGCCGCUGCUAUGAGUGCAGCACCGACUGUGCUGACCUGCACUCCUACUUCAGCCGCUGCAACUCGGCGAGGGUGGAGAGCGGGGCCUGGGUGCUUUAUGAGAAACCCAACUACAAGGGCUACCAAUACAUCCUGAGCCCAGGGGAGUACACAGACAACCAGCAAUGGAUGGGAUUCAACGAUAGCGUCAAGUCCUGCCGCGCCAUCAAAAACGUGUAUGGCAACGUGUGGAAGCUGAGGCUGUACGAGAGGCCAGACUUCGGCGGUCAGAUGGUGGAGUGGGCCGAGGACUGCCCCUCGGUCUACGAGGCCUUUAAGUUCCGCGAGGUGUACUCGUGCAUGGUGACCCACGGCGCCUGGGCCUUCUACGAGCUGCCGAACUACAGGGGACGCCAGUACUUCCUGGAGCGCGGCGAGUACCGCCGCCACACAGACUGGAGUGCCGCCACUGCCGCCGUGGGCUCCUUCCGCAGGAUCACCGAGUUCUAGGGCUCUGUGACCUUUGAGCGUGGGAUCGAGUUGUUCUCUGGUCUUAUUGAGUCUGUGUGACAUGAUCCAAUAAAAAAUGAACUAUUUGCAAAUGUC